CACACCUCCCCUUCUAGCCACCCUAGCGUAGUUUUAAAGUUUUUAAAGAGACGAAAGUACACUGUAGACGAAAGUUUGCGUAGAGAUGGAAGGUGGCACGCCUGGCGUAGUUGUUCCAAAAAGACGAAAGUUUGCGUAGAGAUGGAAGGCGGUCGCGGCAGCUCGGCGGCCGACGCAUGUAACCACGAACUGUGCGUUGUUCCCGCCGGUCAACACGUAGCGGCCAUAAAUGUGUGCGACACUCUCUCGAGGUGGCAUGGCGACUGUCCCAGAUACGGCGCGCCCUGCGAGAUCGGCCACUUCUCUGUGCGAGGAGAAGGCGAAGAUUUCGAGUACAUCGAUGGUGCCGUCGCAAAGAGGUACCUGCGUGCGCGAAUCCCGUGGCGUCCCAUGUUGAAUCUGAAUACCGGAUACGCGAAGGCCGUGCGCAUUAUGUGGGAAAGCGUGACUCCGAGAGAAACUCUACUCCGCUGGGUUAUUCUCAACAAAGACAAGGUGGGGAUGUGUUCACCGGACGAGGAGGCGCCAUCGUCGGAAACGAAGAGCAUACGCACAGAUUUUAUCUGUCGACGGAGCACAUUGUCGAUCGUUAUGCGCACACCGUACGAGUUGGAUAAAGGUUGGCGGCUGGUGGCGUGCAGACACAAAGGCAUCAUAUACCUCCAUCAGCAUCCUACGAUGGAGCAUGUACAUCGAAGCCUUGAAGAGCGAGGUGACACGAUAAUAGAUCGUAUGACGUACUGGGGCACCAAGUUCCACCGCAGCAUGACCACAACCGAGCCAGGGGUUGACCCCCAGGAAGACGAGCUACUCAGGGAAGGCGAUGGAUACUACACCGUCCUCCUCUGCCAGCUUGGAUCUCACUCUAUCGUGAUGGGUGGCGAAGUGAAAGCGGUGGACCCCUCUGUUGAAUGCAAGCUGGGUUCCACGGCUGGCUACGUGGAGUUCAAAACGAACUGCGUGUUAUCCACGGAGUGGCAGCGGCGCAGAUUCCAUGAGAACAAACUGUUCCAAUGGUGGGCCCAAGCACGCCUGGGAGGCGUCCCGAAAGGAUUGUGCGCAUUCCGGGACAAGAAUGGCAUUGUGUUGCACAUCGAGCAGUUUGACUUCAUCAACAUGCCAGACAUGGCAGAGGGACUGUGGUCGGAAGAAGUCUGCAUGCGAUUCUGCAACCACCUGCUCUCCUUUAUCAAAGAGCACGUCGAAGGAAAUGACGGAAGGACUGUCUACCAUUUCGAGUACGUGCCGUCAUCCCGUGAGAUCGUCUGCAAGCGCCUGACAAAUCCCACGAAGCUUUACAGACUGCCGGAUUGGUUCCUGGAGGCGUUCGAAGACUGUUGAAGUGUUCACUCCAGCUGCACCUCUAGUCCCACAUUAUAAGAUAUCUUUUCUAUGUCAGCGUGCUAAA